AUGAAUGAGGAUCAAGAGGAGUCUCCACAAGCUGUGAUUCAAGAAAACCAGACUCCCGUCCAGAGCCGGGGGAAGGGGAUACCUAAGCAAGGACACGAUGGGCCGGCAAAAGACACAAGUCGGACUCCAACAGAGGUGCAAGAAACUUUGAAGCAGGCCGUGGAAGAUCAAGCUCGCCAAAACCCCCAGAUAACGCACAACUCAAUUGAUAGAGCGGCUCUGGGAAAUCAUAAAAAGAGAAACCAAAACACCCCCCUACGGAAGACUACGGAGAUGACUACCACCAUGCACAUGCAGGUCACACCGCCAACUUCAAAUUCGGUUGACCCCCUGCAUGGCAAGCCGAAUAGCAUGCAGUCAGAGCACGUCCUGGGGAGGCCUCCAGAUGACUCGCCAAGUUCCCCAAGCCCAUUGGGGGGUGGAGUGAGUUCAACUGAGGAACAAAUGUGUGAUGUUGACGGAGCUACUCCGUCUGGAAUUAAUUCACGGAGUUGCUCUUUACCCUAUCUUUUUUAUGGAUUUUAA